GCAAAGCAAUGAGCCACACUCCCCCUUGUGCUCUCAGCGCCGCACAGACAACGGAGCCCCGGAGAAAUCGCACUCACUGCUGUUGAUCGGAGCCAGAGGGAGGAGAGCAGCCAUGGAUUGUAGGUGAUCCUUGCCCAAUGGAACGCUGGAGAAGUUCUGCCCUACAGCCGCUGUGAUGGACCGGGUCCUGGGAAUCUGCACGUCGCUGUCGCUCGUCUGACGGAGCAGCGAUUGCUGGAAGUUUAAUGAAUGGUGACAGCGGCUCACACAAGUCCUUGGUCGGCAUGGGACUCGGGCAGCCCCCGUCCUUCUGCUUUCCCAAUGGAUUUGGCUUCUGUAUAUAAAGCUCCAAUGCAGUCCUGUGGCCAGUAAGUGCAGCUAUGUAUAUCCCCUGCCCUAUAGGGUUGCUCUAGCGCUGUAUAGAACUUUUCCCUGCCAUUAUUGCUGCCUUUUUGUAUAGGAUCUGCUUCUCUGCAAUGGAAUUAUUGCCCCUUUACCCGGCUCCUUUUAUUUCCUAAUGACCUUAGGAAAGACCUUGAUCGCUCGGGGAGCAGCUGAGGUGCUUGCAAUUGAUGCCAAGGUCAACGAUAUAAACCCAGUAAUCCAUUUAUCACCCGCAUGAUUCCCGCUUUCAAUGUGGCGACUGCCAUGAUCCCCAUUUGCCCCAAGGCAAGUCCCCGUUGCCUAAUUCCGACCCUCGCUUCCCAGAUCCCGAAGAUGUGAUGUUGCUUUCCAGAUUACAAGCGGACACUCCAUCGCCCUUUAGGAGGUUCCGGACGCCGGUUCUCCAACAUGAAUGGACUUAAUGCCUGCUGCCGACGAGCUCUCGACCCACCGACGGUUUGGGGAAAAUGAAACGUUGUUGGGAGAUUGAUGAAUCGAACGUCAACGUGUUGCAGAGAACAAAAGGGAAGAAACUCCGAGCCAAGCACAAGACCUUCGGCGGCCAAUCGGGUUGGCUAAUACAAUGACCACAGAUGUAUUUCAGUAAACUUCAAAGAAGGAAACAGCAAGAAAUCUACCGAUCGACCAUGGAGCUGUCGGAAGUGAGGUGCUCCAGUGCCACCGAUGAACUUUACACCAUCAACAAGACCCCGACCAUUAACAGCGGCACGAGACCCAAGAGACUUCUCUGGCAGACUGCGGUCAGGCACAUCACGGAGCAGAGGUUCAUCACCGAACAAAGCAGCGCCAAAACCCUAUCUUCGGAUGAUUCCUACCCGCACCAUGCCAACAGGCAAUCCAUAGGCAAACUUUCUGGGGGGGACAGGCACAACAAUGGGGGCACUAAAGUCUUCCCAGAGAGGACAAGCAGUGACUUGGGCUUCCUUCACUUAGAUUGCGCCCCUAGCAACUCCGAUUUCUUUUUGAACUGGGGCUACACCUACCGAGGGGUCAUCUUCCCGACCCUGAGGAAUUCCUUCAAGUCUAGAGAUCUGGAGAGACUCUACCAACGCUAUUUCCUGGGCCAACGGCGGAAAUCUGAAGUGGUCAUGAACAUUCUGGAUGUUUUGACCAAACUCACUUUGUUGAUUCUUCAUCUCACCUUGGCCUCGGCUCCCAUGGACCCUAUCAAGGGCAUCCUGCUGGGGUUCUUUACCGGGAUUGAAGUGGUGAUAUGUGCCUUAGUAGUUGUCAGGAAGGACACCACGUCUUACACCUAUCUCCAGCUCAGUGGUGUUGUGACCUGGGUAGCCAUGGCUACUCAGAUACUAGCAGCAGGGCUUGGAUAUGGCCUUUUGGGGGACGGUAUUGGCUAUGUACUCUUCACACUUUUUGCUACCUACAGCAUGCUUCCAUUGCCCCUGACCUGGGCUAUUCUGGCUGGAUUGGUCACCUCCCUUCUACAGAUUGUGAUGCAGUUGGUAAUACCAAGGCUUGCAGUGACUUCCAUAAAUCAGAUAGUGGCGCAGGCAGUGCUGUUUAUGUGUAUGAACACUGCCGGAAUCUUCAUUAGCUACCUGUCAGACCGCGCUCAGCGCCAAGCGUUCCUGGAAACCCGCAGAUGUGUCGAGGCAAGGCUAAGGCUGGAGACAGAAAAUCAAAGACAGGAGAGGCUCGUUUUAUCAGUAUUACCCCGAUUUGUUGUACUUGAAAUGAUCAAUGACAUGACCAAUGUUGAAGAUGAACAUCUGCAGCAUCAGUUCCACAAGAUUUAUAUCCACCGCUAUGAAAAUGUCAGCAUUCUUUUUGCAGACGUCAAAGGAUUCACCAACCUGUCCACUACGCUUUCGGCCCAGGAGUUAGUGCGGAUGUUGAACGAGCUCUUUGCCAGAUUCGACCGAUUGGCUCAUGAGCAUCACUGCCUUAGAAUUAAGAUCCUAGGAGAUUGUUAUUACUGUGUGUCUGGACUCCCUGAACCCCGACAAGACCACGCUCAUUGCUGCGUAGAAAUGGGACUGAGCAUGAUCAAAACAAUUCGGUAUGUACGAUCAAGGACCAAACACGAUAUUGAUAUGAGGAUAGGUAUUCACUCUGGCUCAGUUCUUUGCGGAGUCUUGGGACUGAGAAAGUGGCAGUUUGAUGUUUGGUCUUGGGAUGUGGACAUUGCAAACAAACUGGAAUCAGGAGGAAUCCCUGGGAGAAUUCAUAUAUCGAAAGCUACCUUGGACUGCCUUAACGGGGAUUAUAAUGUGGAGGAAGGGCACGGUAAAGAGAGGAAUGAAUUCCUGAGGAAACAUAACAUUGAGACGUAUUUAAUUAAACAACCGGAAGAGAAUCUCCUGACUUUACCUGAGGAUAUCGUGAAGGAGUCCGUCAGUCCCACCGACAGAAGAAACAGCGGAACGACAUUCACGGAAGGUUCAUGGAGCCCGGAACUUCCAUUCGAUAACAUCGUGGGCAAGCAAAACACUCUGGCUGCUCUAACAAGAAACUCAAUAAAUCUGCUUCCAAACCAUCUUGCACAAGCUUUGCAUGUCCAAUCUGGGCCUGAGGAAAUUAACAAGCGAAUAGAGCACACCAUCGACUUACGGAGUGGCGAUAAAUUGAGAAGAGAGCAUAUCAAGCCUUUCUCACUGAUGUUUAAAGACUCCAGCCUGGAGCAUAAGUAUUCUCAAAUGAGGGAUGAAGUGUUCAAGUCAAACCUGGUGUGCGCAUUCAUAGUUCUUGUAUUUAUUACGGCAAUCCAAAGCUUGCUUCCUUCAUCAAGGAUGAUGCCGAUGGUGAUCCAGUUCUCCAUUCUGAUAAUGCUCCACUCGGCUCUGGUUCUGAUAACAACAGCGGAGGAUUAUAAAUGCCUGCCCCUCAUUCUGCGCAAAACCUGCUGUUGGAUUAAUGAAACCUACUUGGCCCGGAAUGUCAUCAUCUUCGCCUCCAUAAUGAUUAAUUUUCUUGGAGCUGUGAUCAAUAUUCUCUGGUGUGAUUUCGACAAGUCAAUAACCUCAAAAAAUGAGACCUUCAACGCCUCUGCCUCCUUCACAGACAUCUGCUUUUAUCCAGAGUAUUUUGUCUUCACCGGGGUCCUUGCGAUGGUGACCUGCGCCGUGUUCCUGCGCCUAAACUCCGUGCUGAAGCUGGCCGUGCUGCUCAUUAUGAUAGCAAUAUAUUCCCUGCUCACGGAGACCAUCUACACCUCCCUCUUCCUGCGCUACGACAACUUUCACCAUAACGGCAACACAGACUUUCUGGGAACGAAAGAAGCCUCCUUGCUCCUGAUGGCCAUGUUUCUCUUAGCGGUGUUUUAUCACGGGCAACAGCUGGAAUACACGGCAAGGCUGGACUUUCUAUGGCGGGUACAGGCCAAGGAAGAGAUCAACGAAAUGAAGGAAUUAAGGGAACACAAUGAAAAUAUGCUGAGAAAUAUUCUCCCUAGUCACGUGGCGCGGCACUUCUUGGAAAAGGACCGAGAUAAUGAAGAGCUGUAUUCCCAGUCCUACGAUGCAGUAGGCGUCAUGUUUGCCUCUAUUCCCGGAUUUGCCGACUUCUAUUCCCAAACCGAAAUGAACAACCAGGGUGUCGAAUGCCUUCGUUUGCUGAAUGAAAUCAUUGCCGACUUUGACGAGUUACUGGGUGAAGAAAGAUUCCAAGAUAUUGAAAAAAUCAAAACGAUUGGCAGCACUUACAUGGCCGUGUCUGGAUUAUCCCCAGAGAAGCAGCAAUGCGAAGACAAAUGGGGGCAUCUGUGUGCGGUGGCUGACUUCUCCAUAGCGCUGAAUGAAAGCAUCCAAGAGAUCAACAAGCAUUCCUUUAACAACUUCGAAUUACGCAUUGGUAUUAGUCACGGGUCAGUGGUUGCUGGUGUGAUUGGGGCUAAGAAACCACAGUACGACAUCUGGGGGAAAACAGUCAACUUGGCCAGUAGAAUGGACAGCACAGGAGUUAGUGGCAGGAUCCAAGUGCCUGAAGACACCUAUCUCAUUCUGAAAGAACGAGGCUUCGCCUUCGAGUACCGGGGAGAGAUCUACGUGAAAGGGAUCAGCGAGCAGGAAGGAAAGAUCAAGACAUAUUUUCUUCUAGGAAGAGUACAGCCAAAUCCUUUGAUAUUACAGCCAAGAAAACUAACUGGGCAAUAUUCCUUAGCAGCCGUUGUCUUAGGACUUGUACAGUCUCUGAACAGACAGAAACAAAAGCAAAUUCUAAAUGAGAACAACAACUCGGGUAUCAUGAAAGGACAUUACAACCGACGGACAUUGCUGACCUCCGGCGGGUCAGAGGUCGUUACCCAGACAGAGGGAACUGACAAGUCUGAAUUGCCAUAAUAAUAAAUGUUUUUUUUUUCUUUUGGGUUCAUUUUUUUGUAUUUCUUUUAUAUAUAAAUACGCAAAUAAAAAAUGUAUAAUUUUUUUA